UCUUUCAAAGCUUCUUGAAGCAACCAGCCGUAUAAAUCACGAGAGUCAGGGAUAUUUAGCUCCAUCUGACCACCACCAACAGCCAUCAUCAUUUCUUUGAAACAUGGUUGAGCACGUUGGUUUCUUGUGGCAGCAAAUUCAAGCACUUGGCGGCCUUAUCACCUUCCGUUAUCAUCAAAAAGCCUUACAAACAGAGCACAAUGACCAGUUACAAACUCAAACUCGCUUACAAGGACAUCUGGCGAUAUUGCAAAGGACAAGAUUAAUGUAACAAGACUUCUCACGGGAAUAUGCAAUGUUAUGAUUCUCUACUUGUCUUAUGCCACCCUCAAGGUACUUGGUCUCUGCCGUGUAACAAUGCCGGUAUUCGAGAACCUGAUUCAGUUAACUAUUAAGACUGCACUAGAUGUAGGAUGGGGACCAUUGCUACCUCUACUCAACAAUUGUCGAAAUCUACAAACUCUUGUCUUCGAGGGACUGCAUCACAAAUAUGCAGUUAAAUGUUCGGACGACGAAGAGGAAGAAUGUGACUGCAAAUAUCAAGAUGAAUUAUGGGUGGAAGAGGUUGUUGAUACUUGUCUAUCAUCAAGCCCGGUGAAGGUUAUAAAGAUAUUUAACUUUGGUGAAACUCCUUAUCGGGAAGAAGACACAGAGGACCAGAUAAAGCAGGUCAUGCAAUUCCUAACGACAAUGCCGGAACUCGAACAAGUGAUAUUGUACUACGAUUCACCAGAAGAUGACGAUUUGAUGAAACUAUACAAGGACCUUUGCGAGCUUCCUACUGUGGCAUCAGCCAAUUGUGAGGUCCGGCUAAUCUUCCCCAACUUAUCAACUACUAUCUCCCCAUUAGAAAGGGUAAUCUUCUUUAGGAAUAUCCUUUUAUGGUUUCUUAGCCAUGGACAUGUUUCAGGCAAUCAGGCUACAAGUUUGCAUAGCUUCUGAAAAAACUCUAAAACUCUGUUUCUGCCGUGUGCUUCUUUCUUUUUCUUUAUUGGCUUUUGUAUUCCCUUUUUAAAGACUUGUUAUUGCUUUCCCCUUUUGUCGACUGAGAAUGUUUAAUAUCUUUUAUUUGUCUCUCUUCUUCUUAUCUAUUGAAUAAGGCUGGUGGUCAUUGUUGUCUU